CCCCGAGCGUCAUGACCAUGAGAGAGGGCUGAGAGCCAUUGGCCGCGUUGGUUGGUAUUGUUUGGGCUCCGCCAGAGGCACGAACCCUCCCACAGCGAUUAUUCAUCUGGAUUUUUUUUCCCCCCAAACCAAACCCCUUUUUUUUAAAAAAAAGAGAGAGAUUUAUGAUAGAGGAAAAAGAGGGGCUUGAAAGAGCCCAUAAAGUUUGUCUUCUUGAAAUAACUUAUUCCCGUAUUCUACACUCCUCCCCUGAAGAGAUGCUGGUGCUUGCUCCACAGAUACCAGCAGUCUUCCAGUACCUAACUGAAGUUAUAAUUCUUAAUAUGUGAGACGAGACACUGGGAACCGUGCAGUACGAGGGGGAGCAGCAGUUUGUCUUGCAAAGGUGUCCUCCACAAUCGAGUCUGACAAGAGGGUUGGAAGCCUAUCAGAAUGGGAGAUUGUCCACAGAUGAACCUGCGUUCUAUAUUCACAGAGGAACAGCAUCGAGUAUUGCAGCGUUAUUAUGACAGUGGAAUGACAAAUCAAAGUAAAAAUUGCUUUGGAUUAAUAAUACAGUGUGCACGUGAAACGGGGUUAGAUUUUAAUGUAGUCAGGACCUGGAUUGGCAACAAAAGAAGAAAACUGAAUUCAACAAAAUAUAAUUCAGACAAUACAUUGCCUACACACGGACGAGAAGAUAACGGUACGGAUGGAAAAUCAGACACACCUGUGAAAAGUAUAGUCCUCAUUCCUCCCUCUCCAUGCCAAAAAAACAUUUUAACAACUCCAUGUAGAAAUAUAAAGGUAACAGGUGUGUUUACCUCUACCCAGUGUGCCAGUGGACAAGGGCCUUUUCAUCAGAAUGAUGGCCAUAGACGUGAAAUUCAGAAAGGUCUUAUCCACAGGCCAGUUGGGCGAACUAUAACCGAAAUGGAAUUACAAAAGCAAAUUGGUGUUCAAAAGCGUGGAUCUCUUUCUAAAAGCUCUGCAACAGCAUUCUGUGACAAAAUGACUUCUGGAUCAAGACAACUAAAUCUGCACAAUUCCAGCAGCACAAUGUACUCCCCCAGCACAAAAAGCUACAGCACUAGUUAUAUCCAGAUUGGAGUGGAGUCUGUAGCAUCUAAACCAGCUGGAUGGCCAAAACAACAUCUUAAUACAGAACUGGCUCGCUGUCCACGGAAAAUGAGCUAUGAGCCUCUUUCCUCUGGCAGCCCAUUGAACUGUUUGUCCAAUGCAAGACAAAAUUCACAUUGUCGAGACCCUUCUGUCAGUUCACUUCAGAUUCGUGAGGUAUACUCACUAGCAAGCAGCGAACACUCUCCAAGGAACCAAGGGGAGCAUUCUUUUCAGAGCUCCCGUCAAACGGAAAGUGGAUGCUUUUCCAUUGCCAUGGAAACUGGGGAUGUUGAUGAAUAUGCCAGAGAGGAAGAACUUGCAUCUAUGGGUUCAGGCAUGAUGAAUUUAUCAAGAGUUUCUGAAGGAGGUGCAGCUAAAGAAAUGGAAAGUUCAAGCACAUCUCGGGCAUCACCAGUGAGAAACAUUAGUAUAACCUCACAGCAGGUUAAUCCAAGGGAUGCCUCUGCAAGUGUCUUAUACCGUAGCAGAGAUUUUCGACCACCAGGAACUGCAGUGACCCUAUACAGUACAGCUGCUAUGUCAGAAGACCGUUUCAGUCUUCCAACAACUAGCAACCAAAGGCUACCCCUGAGUCAAAGUAACUAUCAGGUAUCAGGAUCGCUUUUAUUGCCUUGUAUGACAGGAACCUCAAGGAAAAGAACACUACAAGAUCGUACCCAAUUUAGCGAGAAUGAUCUGGCUGUUCUGAAAAAAUAUUGGGGCAACGGAAUGACCAGUCUGGGCUCAAUAUGCAGAGAUAAAAUAGAAGCUGUCUCCAUGGAACUGAAUGUUGACUGUGAAAUUGUCAAGACAUGGAUAGGGAAUCGAAGAAGGAAAUAUCGUCAGAUGGGAAUUGACCUACCUCCUACCCGUAGUGGACCAGCUGACUUUUCCAAUCCACCUGAAUCAUGUACUUCCUUCUUGUCCAUGACCAGCGACGAAUCAUCAAAGAGUCCAGGAGCCUCAGAGGAAAAUGACAAGAACGAAGAAGAUGUCUGUUUAUCUGAAGGUAUUUCAGGUGAAAUGCAACAAAGGGAGGAAGAGGAAGAUAAAGUGACAGCAGCAGAAGAAGAGAAUGGUGAUGGAGAAAGCAUUAGUGAUGGGACAUGUAGCAUCCCAACAUUGGAUAAAGUGAAAUUAGAGAUACUUGAUGACGAUACAGUUGAGAUGAACAGUUGUGAUCAUGCUACAUUGGAGGUCGAGCAGCUCCAGAAAAUUCUAAAUUACAAGAAUGAUGAAGUUAGAUACCUUGAGAAUGAACUGGAGAAGCAAAGAGAGAAAUAUUUACAUCUGCAGAAUUUCACUGCAAAAUUGGUUCUUGCAAUCAAAUUGAAUGACACAGAACAGCAACAGAUGCUGCUGACAAAUGUACCUCCAGAAACAGAUAGCAACUUGGAUUCACUGAGCAACAGAGAACGAUGCUAAUUGGGUUUCCUCUGUAUCAGAGGGUGACAUUAGGUGUGAAGCAGCUUUUUAUGGAAGUGAUACCCAGACUUCUUUUAAAAUGAUUUGUAUUAAUGUUAAAUCUUUUACAUGUUGAAAAAAAGAUUAAUUAUGCUUCAGCUUUCUGAUGAAAAGAUAACAUGCUGAAUAAAUUUUUUGCUAGAUUUUGGUAUUUUCUUCUAUUCCUUGGAAGAGGUGAAAGCCAAUGAACAUAUUGUUCACACCGUACUUACUGCACGAAGUUGAUUCAAACACAGUAAACAGGGGAGAGAUCCUGCUUUCAAGCUGGACUAUUGGGAGAA